AUGGAAGCAUCAUCUUCAAGGCAAGAGGAAUUGUCAAUGGAGGAGCAGAACUAUUUCCCUGGGAAGAGAGGUAUGACAGAUAAGCUGGGCGUGGAAGAAAUGUUAAGGAGCUUCCACUUCUUCUCCAUUGCUGAUUCUUAUUUGUUUCCCUUAUCUUUCACAGGUUUCCGUAGCCCCCAGUUCAUCCGAAGGAAUCCUGUUAUCAUCUGCUGUGCCAUAUUGGGCAUUGGCCUUGUGUGUUGCAUAGCCCUUCUCACUCGGAGCCUCAGAAAUGACUCAGCUAUGUUCGAAGAUAACAGCAGGAGGAACACUCAAUGGUCACAGAUGUUCUCUUUGAUGUCAAAGGAAGUGUUUGGAAUCAAUACAAAUAUUAUGUUGCUCCAAGAAGAGUCCAAGAAAUCUGCAGUUGCUGUAUUGGAAAGCAGGAAUUCAGUGCCCUCUGUGCUAGAAGAACUGGCUGAGCUGAAAAAUAAGACUGGACGAAUUGCCCAAGAUGUAGCACAAGUGAUGGGAGAGUUAUACAACAUUACAGCUGCUGUAAUGGGAAACCAGAAUUCCGUGCCCUCAGUGCUAGAAGAGCUGGUUGAAUUGGAAAGGGAAAAUGGCAGAAUUGCCAAAGAUGUAGCACAAGGAAUAGCUGAGUUGAAAGCAGAAGGAAAAUUGACUCCCUCUGUGCUGGACGAAGUGACUGAGUUGAAAAGGCUGACUGGCAGAAUGGCCAAAGAUGUGAUACAGUUGCUGGAAGAGUAUCGUAGCUUCACAGAGGAGUUGUGCACUGGCUGCCCAGAGAACUGGGUGCUAUUUAAAAAACACUGCUACUUCUUUUCAACAUCAAAAGGACCGUGGUUGGCUGCCAAGCAAUCUUGUGUGAAAGAAGGAGCUCACUUGGUGGUUAUUAACAUCCAGGCGGAACAGAGUUUUCUGGUAAAACUUGCUGGUCAGCAAGUGUUCUGGAUUGGCCUGAGUGAUACCGUCAAGGAAGGGGAGUGGCGCUGGGUGGAUGGCACUCCCUUGUCUAUCUCCUUCUGGGGGCCUGGAGAACCCAACAAUGCGUUGCAGGGUGAGGACUGCGCUACCCUCCUUUUCAACGGGAAAUGGAACGAUGCUGCAUGCCAUGGAAAUGAAUACUGGAUCUGUGAACAGAAAUGCUAGUCAAGCUCCUCCUCUCUACACUGCAACGCUACUCAAGCCUGGGAAAACUUUCACCUUUAAAAUAUCCUGGGUCCCUUUGCAGUCAUCUCAUCGCAGGCAUGCACACAUCGCUUCCGAAAGAGGCUUAUUUUAGCCGAGCACCACUGAGCAGACCUCCGCAUCUGUUUCCACCCUCUGAUUUUAGGGACCCUCCUCUUGAAUGCUUGACUGCAACUUUUGCUUCUUGCUCAGGGUUAACAAACAUCCUGUUUCUCUUUGAAUCAUGUUGAACCAACCUUAUGCAAAUUGACUCAUUGUGUCUUCUGAAGCAUGGAAGCCCAAAGGCUCCUGUUUCCACUUUGCUUUAGUUGCAUCUGUUGCUAAAGUUGCUGCUGUGUGUUGAUAGAAUGGGUGUGUUAUGUACUUGCCCAGAUCCGCAUGCCUAUUUGGGUGCACGUGCUACUUAAAUCUUCCAGUGUAUGUGGCUGAGUGAAUCUGUGUCUGUGUGUGAGCAUCGGCUCCUAAUUCGAUACUGUGCAUAAGCACAUGUGCUGAUAAGGAAGGAUUACCAGCUAAAUAAUGCAUACAUGUGAGACACAUGGGGCCUCCUUUUCAUCCUUUGCCACAAAUAUAAGGGAGAAAACAAUACUUCCGGCUGCAAAACCACAGAAAGACCUUAAUAGCAGCGGAAAGUGCUUCUGCAGCACAAGUCUGCACAGGGUAUGUGGCAGUCAAUACACUUUAGUAGCAACCUCAUUCACCAAAGGACUAUUAUUGACCAUUGCUUACCCACAACAUUUGCAAAUUAAAUACUGUGGCCCUAGCACGGGCAUGGCCUGCACCUGUUACCAACAGCCAAGCUCAAGAAGCAUAGUAAAAGUGUUUUUCUGUGCUGAAUCAUUGUUUGCUAUGUUAGCAAAAUAGGUGUGUGUGUGUUGGUGAAAAGCAACUAACUGAGAGUUAGGGAAUCACUCCAAGAAUGAACCAUCACAGGUUUAUCGGUGGAAAAUUAACAUUGCAUCAAAUUGUGACUGUUUAGUUAACAGUACUGUCUGGUGGAAGUUAUAUUAUUGAUGUAUGAACCCAUGGCUUCCCCAAAAAUAUUUUAAAUUCCUAAGCAUAAGUGCUUUUCUGUUACAAUUGCCUUGCGGUACUUUCUAUUACUGACUGCCAGCAAUGAUUCUAAUAAA